AUGCAAGAGCUCACCAAAGAGGUGGUUCGGAACCCAAAGGCUGGCCCUUUGGUCUUGAAGGUUGGUCAGGCAGGUGCCGGACAGACCAUCACUCUGCCAGUGGUCGAAAUACACCCAGUGUUUGGCAGCGGGGGUCGCUUAGCGUAUUUACGUCAAAAAGUACUUGUUGAGAAGGGUCUUAUGCCCAAAAAAGAAAGUAGGGGAGGUGGGGAUAGGUUUGUACUGGACCUCAUUCAUUGGGCCAGGUCACUACUACGCACAAAUAUGCACAUUACCUUCCAAUCCGAGUGGAUGGCGGAGCAGCUACUUCUUUGGGAUCCAUCAGGCCAUGCCUAUUCUGGGGGACUUCUCUCCGAUGUUACCUACAGAUUUUUCCGCAACGGGUAUCUCCUCUCCACUUCGAUGUACAGCAACGUGAUGCAUUGCUGGAUCCCAAUCCAGCUUACCUGGAUGUGGGGACUUGACAUCACACACUAUCAAGCCCAUUUCACCACUUUGAUUCAACAAAUUAAAUCAGCUAAAUUGACGUUUCAUGAGCAGGAACUUCUGGUUCAACAAGUCGUGGAUUUCUCUUCCGCUCAAAAGAAGGGGUUUAUGGCUGCUUACAUGGACGUGUUUAACAAAUUGGAUCCCUCAAAAGCUUUGAGUAAGUUGAAGGGGUGUCAUGAACACUACCGUCAGUCAAUCACCCAAAUCAAGAAGAACUGUAAUGUAGUGAACACUAGUCACUUGGAUGGUGCUCGAUUUACUUGA